UCCUUUAUCCAGAGGACUACGAAGACUAUAAAACAGUCGUCGAUCAUCUUUCAAAGCAUCAGUUCUCUCCAAAUGCAUCCAGGAAACGGCAGCUCCCUCCUGAGAUAACGAGGGCCUUUCAGCAGAGCCUGAUCUAUCGACAAACUCUGCGCUCGAGUUUAUCCCUACCGUAUCCUAGUCGUUCUACCAUUUCCGGACGAAAGUUACCGGCCAUGCGCUUAAUCGUUACUCUGUUGGCGGUAACUGCCACGUUCCGGAGAGGCUCUGCAUUCCCCUUCCAACCGGCUGGGAGGGCAGUCGAGAUGCAGCCGCCCCAGAAAGCCGGGGAUGAGGGGACAUGUGUGGGCCAGGCGGCGAAGAUUUGGAACUACAUAGCCGGCACCCGCGACAAACGUAUGCCCAACGACGACGCCCACCCCGACAAAAACCACCACUCGGAAUGCAUUAUGAAGAAGUCCACCGAAGGGACAUCCACCCAGGGAACGUCUACUGGGGCAUCAUCCACUGGGACAUCAUCCACUGAAGACGUGACGGCUACCACCGCAAUAACCGUAGAUCUUCAGAAGGAGACGGAAAUGGAUAAGAUGAUGGGCAUGGAUAAGAUGCCGGGGAUGGAUAAGAUGAUGGGUAUGGAUAUGAUGACGGGGAUGGAUAAGAGGUCCGGAAUGGAUAUGAUGGCAAGUAUGGAUAUGAUGAUGGGUAUGGAUAUGAUGACGGGGAUGGAUAAGAGGUCCGGAAUGGAUAUGAUGACAGGUAUGGAUAUGAUGACAGAGAUGGAUAUGAUGACGGGGAUGGAUAAGAGGUCUGGAAUGGAUAUGAUGACGGCUAUGAACAUGAUGACAGGUUUGGAUAAGAAUGCUAAGGCGACGGGGAUGGUCGAGGCGCCGGAGCGUACGGCGAUGCCCGACGUCAAAACCAAGGUGUCCUAAGACGGGGCGCGCUCACGGCACGGGCGGGAUCUCGUGUCGCGACGCCGCUCGAGUGGCUCCGGAGCGAGUCGCCCUCCUCGACCACUGCAAGCUUAGGAUGCCACCACGCGGGGGGGGGAGACGAGCGAACUGGUGGCAGCGUUCGCGACUCUCGGCUGGGCCAUGUUAUCUGGAAGAUCUCGGCGUAAUGCGAUACUCAGACUGAUUGGAGGAGAUGGCGGGCGACGCCUGGAUAUGCUGGCCAGAUCGACGGGGAGGAGUGCGUUCUGGAAUGUGUGU